CUAAGUAUGGAUCGAUUAUGAAUUCGCAAACACAUAGCCAUAUAUGCUUGUGUAGGUGCAGUGUGAUCGCGAUAAGACGUUGCUACCAUCGUUACUGCUUAUACUUACACUUCCUAGGCUACAUUAGUUUGCGCAGGCCACCCGCCACAGUUGCUUACUAACCGAGUAAGCAGGCGGACUGUUGAAAAGUUUUAAGUGAAAGAGGUUAUUGCGGUGGAGAAUCAAAACAAACCUGAUGUCUAAUGACAAAGACAAAUCAUGGUGCCGAUUGCGGCAAAAUGGAAUCGUGCAACCACUCCUUACAGAUCUGUAUCAAAUCACAAUGGCAUACGCUUACUGGAAGAGCGGAAAGAUGCUGGAUCAUGCAAUUUUCGAUUUAUUUUUCCGAAAGAAUCCUUUCCAAGGAGAAUUCACCAUUUUCGCUGGGCUGGAUGAAUGCCUCAAAUUUCUGGGCAGGUUUCAUUAUUCCGACAGCGAUAUCGAGUAUUUGAAAUCGACAAUGCCAGAUUCUGUCGAGCCAAGUUUCUAUGAGUUCCUGAGAAAUCUCACCACGAAUGAUGUCACCGUCUAUGCGAUUGAAGAGGGCUCCGUCGUUUUCCCCAGGGUUCCACUCCUGAGGAUAGAAGGUCCACUGAUAAUUGUCCAACUCUUGGAAACAACGCUAUUAACUCUCGUUAAUUAUGCCAGUUUAAUGGCAACGAAUGCAGCCAGAUAUAGAAUGGUAGCUGGACAAAAAGUUUCUUUACUAGAAUUUGGUCUCAGAAGGGCGCAGGGACCAGACGGAGGGCUCAGCGCUUCUAAAUACAGUUACAUUGGCGGAUUUGACGGUACAAGUAAUGUAUUAGCAGGAAAAUUAUUCGGAAUUCCUGUAAAUGGAACGCAUGCUCAUGCAUACAUAACGUCCUUCACCGGAAUGGACGAUUUACAAAACAGAACACUCGCUCACAAAGAGACGGGCCAGGUAAAGGAUUUGUUGUCUCUCUCAUGCAAGUAUCGUGAAAACAUUGCGACCGAUUUGGGAGCUUUGGUGCUGGAAGCAUCCGAUGGAGAAUUAACAGCACUUGUCAGCUAUGCGAUUGCAUUUCCGGACGGAUUUAUGGCCCUGGUCGAUACCUACGACGUUAAAAGCGUAGAAGCACCGGCCAAGAGAAAGGCGCAAAUUGAGAGCCUAAACGUUAAGAAUAAGCUUCUAAAUAGUGGGCCCCAUAAGGCACCCCAAAACAGUGCGAGAAACAACCCAAUCAAAACUGACUCGACAUCAUCUAACAAGAAUGGCUUUUUAAAACGAAGCGAAUUGGGUGAGCUUUAUGUGAGAAGCGGUCUUCUCAAUUUCUGCGCAGUGGCACUUGCUCUGAACGAUUUAGGUUACAGAGCAAUCGGAAUAAGAAUCGACAGUGGAGAUCUCGCAUAUCUUAGUCAGGAAGCUAGAGAUUCUUUUCAAAAGAUUGCAGAAAAAUAUAAUAUUCCCUGGUUUUCUCAAAUGACGAUUGUUGCGUCAAAUGACAUCAAUGAAGAAACUAUCAUCAGCUUAAACGAACAGAAUCAUAAAAUCAACAGUUUCGGAAUUGGAACUCAUCUAGUUACAUGCCAAAGACAACCGGCACUGGGUUGUGUCUACAAGAUGGUAGAGAUCAAUAACCUCCCGAGAAUUAAACUGAGUCAGGAGGUCGAUAAAGUAACGAUGCCUGGAAGGAAAAAUGCUUACAGAUUAUACGGAGCUGACGGUCACGCUCUUGUUGAUUUACUCCAGAGAUACGAGGAAGAUACGCCGGAGGUCGGGCAAAAAGUUCUCUGUAGGCAUCCUUUCCAGGAAUCAAAAAGGGCAUAUGUUACUCCAACCAGAGUUGAAGUUUUGCACCGAUUGUAUUGGAAAGAUGGCAAAUUGUGUCGUCCACUUCCAACUUUACACGAGACCAGACAAAGAGUCCAAGAGUCUUUGAGGACUUUACGCAAUGAUCACAAAAGGAAUUUGAAUCCAACUCCUUACAAAGUCGCAGUGAGUGACGAUUUGUACAACUUCAUCCACGAGUUGUGGUUGCAAAACGCCCCGAUCGGCCAAUUAUCAUGAAGCUCUUAACAGCGAGAUUUCUGCAGUAAAUCGAAAAUUCAUCUACUAUGCAAUAAAUGCAAAAUUGUUAGUACGUCUGCGAAGAGAAGCAGGUGUUAUGGUGAAAAGACGGCAUCCCUUUUUGAGAAAUGGGACGUCAAUUUUAUCGAAUCGUGUGCAGGGGCCUUAAGAGAAGAAAUUAAGUGGAAGAAAUUCCACUAGAAAAAAGACCAGUAUAGAUUCCCUUACUAGAUUAUAGAGAUAAACGUUUUACGUAAAUAAAAUAGAACCGAGUCUUCUAACUUGGCGAUCGCACUAGGCGAUUGUAUUUUCGCACCUGAGUCAAUAGUUGUAGCUCACGCGAAACAAGCAUUGAACAAGAAGCGUGUAAUAUUACUUUUUGUAAUUACGGCAUAUCGAUUCUAGACAGAUACUGAUUUUCACGUGAAAACGGUAUUAUAUGUGGGCAUAUGGCAUGGCGUCUGAAUCAUUCAAAAGUUUAACAAA